AUGAAGAGCAACAGCAGCCUGAAUGCUCUCUACUUUCAGCUCACUCUGUUUGCAGACUUUGGGCCUCUCAGAUAUCUGUUCUUCAGUCUGUGUCUGUUGCUCUACAUGACUAUAAUCUCUGCUAACGUUGUCAUCAUUCUGACAGUCUGCCUGGAGAAGUCUCUGCAUCAGCCCAUGUAUAUUUUCAUCUGCUGUCUGUCUUUUAACUCUCUGUACGGCUCAGCCGGCUUCUUCCCCAGGUUUCUGAUGGACAUUCUGUCUGACACUCAUCUGAUCUCACGUCCAUCAUGUUUCAUUCAGAUCUAUGUUAUCUACAGUUAUGCAGCAUGUGAGCUCAUGAUUCUCGGCAUCAUGGCCUACGAUAGAUUUGUUGCUAUUUGCCAGCCCUUACGCUAUCACAGUAAAAUGACGUCCAUGAUGGUGACGUAUCUUCUCAUGUUCGCUUUGCUUUUUCCUGCGUUUGCUGUCGGUGUUUUAGUUUAUCUCACUGUUCGAUUACCUUUGUGUGGAAACAAAGUGCACCGGAUCUUUUGUUCGGUGGUCCAGCUCUCCUGUGUGGACAUGACUGUCAACCGAAUAGUAGGAACUUUAUUUACCGUAUCAAACACCGCCGUGCCCCUGUUCUUCAUCCUGUACUCCUACCUGCACAUUCUGCUGGUUUUAAGGAGCAGCUCGUCAGAAUUCAGAGGAAAAGCAUUACGAACCUGUCUCCCUCACAUCGUGACCUUCGUAAACUAUUUUUUCUCAAUUCUCUGCGAGCUCACGCUCAGUCGUUUCAAGGCCGAUGAAGUCAAUCCGAUUGUUAUCGUGGUCUUAUCUCUGGAGUUUGUGAUCAUUCCCCCGAUCAGUAACGCUCUAGUUUACGGCCUGAGUCUGCCUCAGAUCAGAGAAGUCGUUUUUAGAUUUAUUAAAAUACAAAAGAUGGUUUCUGGUCCUUCUAGAAUAUAA